UUCCCCAUCCGUUGUUCCCACACGCACCAGACCAGCUGCCUCACACACUCACGGUCGCACCCGCACCUGACCAGAGAGACGCCGGCGGCGGGAUGUUCCUGCGGCGGAUCCUGAGCGGCGGGGGAGGCCUGGCCGCCCUGCGCUCGGCGCGGGCGGUGAAGGAGACCACAGGGAUCGUGGGGCUCGACGUGGUGCCCCAGGCGCGGGACGUGCUCAUCGGGCUCUACACGCGCACGCUCAAGGAGAUCGAGGCCGUCCCCAAGGACGAGGGCUACCGCAAGGCCGUCGAGUCCUUCACCCGCCACCGCCUCCAGAUCUGCCAGGAGGAGGACGACUGGAAGCGCAUCGAGGACCGCGUCGGCUGCGGCCAGGUUGAGGAGCUCAUCGAGGAAGCCGAGGACGAGCUCAAGCUCAUCGCCAAGAUGAUCGAAUGGGAUCCAUGGGGUGUCCCUGAUGACUAUGAAUGCGAGGUGAUAGAAGAUGACACACCGAUUCCCAAACAUGUUCCACAGCACCGGCCUGUUGCACUUCCUGAGGAGUUCUUCAAGACAUUAGAUGCCGUCAAAUCAGACCCAGCUCUGCAGGGCGAUUCUCCUCCUCAAGUGAAGGCAUAGAAACAUGAACUCUUCAGCAUGCGUUAUUUGCACCUUUUGCAUUGCGUAGUCGAGGCUAGUUUCAUGUGUCCUUCGCCAGCAAUAUGCUUGUUGUGCCAAGCAGAAUAAAUUGUGUCUCUGAAUGCAGUGCUUCAGCGCAGUAAAAUUUGUCUAAAUACUUAACACUGUGAUCACUGUUUAUUUUUCUUAAUAUAAAUUGAUGUUGACGAAAGAUCCAAUGCACAAUUUCAUGUACUAUGUAAUCCUGCACUUUGCUUAGUGCCUUCAA